CCGUCAGGCGUGCUGCCACGUCCACGUGAUCAAAACAAGCUUUCGUUUAAAAAAUUUUUUCUUUUGCUUCACCGUCUGAUUCCGCAUGUCAUCGAAAACAAUAUUAAACAUAGAUCCUUAUUAUUUAUUUGUUAUGUCCUAUUAUCUUUCCAAAAUCGUGAAGAACGUCAGAUCUCCUAAGAAAUGGCUGAUUUCCAUCGUCAUGUAUUUCUACCGUUGGUUUACCGGUUAUCUGACAGAUCGGCUGUUCGGGAUCGUGAAUAUGUUCGGCCGAAAAUCGUCUGCAUUACCGCCAGUACAGAAUCCGUUGCUGCUAGAUUCGGCAUUAAGUCUAGCAGCCAAAAUUAGAAAGAAACAGGUGAGCUCUGCAAGCGUUGUGAAAGCCUAUCUUCAUCGAAUCGAGCAAGUGAACCCGCUCAUCAAUGCCGUCGUCGACCAGCGGGGAGCAGAGGCUCUGGCGGAGGCCAGUUCCAUUGACGAACUCAUCGCAUCUGGUGAGAAAAGUGAAAAGGAGCUGGAACGGGAGAUGCCUCUGUUGGGCGUCCCCUUCACUGUCAAGGAGGCCAUCAGCGUGGCCGGUUUGUUAUUUACCACUGGAGUUGUAAGUCGUCGAGGCAUGCGCGCAACCGAAGAUGCUGAGGUCAUUCGACUACUGAGAAAGGCUGGGGCCAUUCCGAUCGCCGUCACUAACACUAGCGAGCAAUGCUUCUGGAUGGAGACCUUUAAUAAUCUGUAUGGCAGGACCAAUAAUCCGUACGACCUAAGACGGACGGCAGGAGGAAGUAGUGGUGGCGAAGGGGCUCUUCUGGCAUCUGCAGGAUCAGUCAUAGGAGUCGGCAAUGACAUUGGUGGAAGCAUUCGAAUGCCUUCCUUUUUCAAUGGCGUUUUCGGUCACAAGCCAUCUAGAGGUAUUGUGCCAAACAGAGGUCAUUUCCCUCCUACAGAACACGUUCUGCAGCAGUAUAUCGGGACAGGACCCAUGUGUAGAUACGCAACAGAUCUUAAAACGAUGCUCAGAGUCAUGGCAGGACCCAAUGUCAAUCUCUUGCAACUGGACAAGAAGGUAGCUAUGAAAAAUCUAAAGGUUUUCUAUAUGGAAUGCGACGGAGAUGGAAAUUUUACUCUUCCCGCAGCUACUGGAGUGAAAAACGGCGUAAGAAAAGUGGUUUCUCAUUUCCGCAAAAUAUGCGAUGUCCCUCCACAAAGAGUACAAAUACAUGGUCUCAAGCAUGGCUUCAAAGUGUGGGCUCACGCCGUAUCCGCCAAAGUUGCCAAUGUCGCCACAGUGGAAUCUAGAGUGUUUGGCGACGAUCCCAACGUCAAUGUUUGGAAAGAAUUGUUUUUCAGUCUCUUUGGCUGGUCUGAUUACUCCUUCCCUGUCGUGGUAACCGUUAUUGUUGAAAAGUACUUGGCUCCAAAGGAUAAAUCCGUUGCUGAACCCUUCAUUCGCAUUCAAAGACAAAUGGAGAAAGACUUCCAGAAUCUUCUUCAGGAUGAUUGUGUCUUCAUUAUGCCAACCAUGCCAGAGCCUGCAGCCUUUCAUUACGCCAAUAUCUUGCGUGCCCAGAAUUGUGGGUAUGUUGCAGUGUUCAAUGUUCUUGGACUACCAGCUACAAGUUGCCCUGUUGGCCUGGACGAUAAUGGAUUGCCGGUCGGAGUCCAAGUAAUCGCAGGACUGAGGAAUGAUCAUUUGAACAUGGCAGUAGCGAGAGAAUUAGAGAGAGAAUUCGGUGGCUGGAUUUGUCCUGGCCCUAUUGUAGGCUAAUUACACUGUAUUUGUUGAUAAAUAUAAUGAAAUUUUUUUCUGAGCAGCCAAACUUUGUUACUUGUUACGUAUCUUGUUGACAUUUGUAACAAAUUAAAUUGAAAAUAAAUUAAUUAGGGAUUAUAA